AUGGCACUCAAAGUGAGAAACAAGUGGGGAAUCAUCAGUGGAGCAAUUCUAGUACCUGCUAUUAGCGAUCCAGAGUACAAGGCAUGGGAGAGAUGCAAUAUUCUGGUUAGUACCUGGAUUAUCAAUUCUCUUAGUCCUUCAAUUGCACAAAGUGUGAUGUAUUUCGAUUUUGCUACACGCAUUUGGGAGGAUUUGAAAAAUAGAUUUUCACAAGUAGAUGCUCAUAGAAUUUCUGAUCUCCAAGAUGAGAUUUAUAGCCUUAAACAAGGAGCUUGUAGUGUUACUGAUUAUUAUACUCAGUCUAGAAUUUUAUGGGAAGAAAUGAGUGCACUGAGGCCUCUUCCUGUAUGUGAAUGUAAUCUAAAGUGUCAACGUGGUUUGACUGUUCCAAAGUGCUCAUGCGAAUUAGCUGCUAAGAUCAGAAAAGAACGAGAGGAUGAUGAGGUUAUUCGCUUUCUGAAAGGUUUGAGUGAUGAGUUUUCAAGCAUAAAGUCAGGAGUGCUUGUCCUAGAGCCCAUGUCGCCUGUGCACAAAGUUUUUGCCAUGGCAAUGAAGUUAGAGAGGCAGUUGCAUGGCCUUGAAACUGUGCACAUUAGUGCUAGCCUCACUGAUGCAGUAACUGAAAACGUUGUGGCUGCUGUAAACAAUAACAACAAAAGGAGAUUCACCUUCAAUAAUAUGAAUAAAUAUGUGGCUAAGUGUAUUUUCUGUGGAAUGAAUGGUCAUACUGCUAAGAAGUGUUAUAAGAAACACGGUAAUACUAAUCAGAAGUCUGCUAGUUCUGGACAGAUAGAAGCUGAUCUUAGCUUGUCCAAUGAGCAAAUCCAUAAGCUCAUUUCUAUGCUGCAAUCACAAGUUGGACAAAAUAGCUCAGGUUCAUCCAUAGCUGCCAGUGUGAGUGCCGCCACGUCUUCAGGUCUGGCCCCUAACUUCAAAGCAGCAGCAGAACAACAUCCUAAAGGCAAGUACACUUUUGUCACCACACUACUACAGAAACAACAUAUAACGUCGGACAUAUAA